GCUAAUUCUUGACGACUCUGACUUGACCUCUGCAUCUAGAAGAUGGCUUCCAGGCGUCGCGGAUGCUACGUGUGAGCGUCUCGGCUGCGUAGCGGAUAUAAGCAAUGGGUUUUCUGACGCAGCAACCCUCCUCGAAUGACUUGCAGGUGCGGCAAAGGUACGCCAAGGACUAGCUCACAGUCGACAGUUUGGCGGCCCUACAUAUUCUGUUGCUAAACAAUAUGUGCUCUUCGCUUUCAGUUGGUCACUUGGCGGAGGCAUGCACCUCUCAGGAGAGGCUUUGCUUCAACUGCAGCGAGGUCGGUCACGAGUCCUCGGCUUGCGAGGCACCGAGGACAACCGAGUCAAAGGAGUGCUACGGCUGCGGUGUGCGUGUGCAGACUUUUUAAAAGUCCCGUUAGGCAUAGGUAGCAGAUUCCCGCUCGGAAGUGCUGACGUUUUAAGCAUCGGUUUGUUGUAUGCGCUCAGGGCAAGGGACACAUUAAGAGCGAGUGUCCAACUGCCACUGCUCGCCCUCCCCGCCCCGUUGUUGCUCCCAACGCUUGCUACGUGAGUGCAGCCCUGCCUGAUCCUGACACCGAGAGCAUUGCAGGAGCGCUCACAAGUCGGGCUCUUGCGUCCUUUUAGAACUGCGGAGGCGUCGGACACGUUGCUCGCAACUGCAACAGUGCUCGUGGCGCAAUCGCCGCUGUUCGCUGCCACAAGUGCCAAGGCUUUAACCAGUGAGUCGACGUCCGUUUCAGAGCACCAACAUGGUCGUUCAUUCAGGCGAUUGACUCCACAUUCCUCUUCAUACAGCUUUGCAAGGGACUGCAAGGCACCGGUCGUUGCUGCUCCUCGCGUACCACGCGCAGCU